AUGACGAGCAGUGGACUGUGGUCUGCAGAAAGACACAGAGCUGCAGAUGUUGGUCUGCAGGAGAUUUUUGGAGAACAUCAGAUCAGUCUGAGGAGCAGAAGUGAACAUGUGUCUGAAGGAACUGAAGAAGCAGGAAGAGAAACGCUCCUCAACGAGGUCUACACUGAGCUCUACAUCACAGAGGAACUGAGACAAGAGGUUAACACCCAACAUGAGGUGAUGCAGCUGGAGACAACCACCAGAAUCAACAAGCUCCAUCACACUGCAAUCAAGAACCCAGACAUCUUCAAAGUCUUCCCUGACCAACACAGAUCCAUCAGAGUGGUUCUGACCAGCGGAGUUGCUGGAGCUGGAAAAAGCUUCUCAGUGCAGAAGUUCACUCUGGACUGGGCCGAGGGCUUGGAGAACCAAGACAUCAGUGCUGUGGUUCCUCUUUCCUUCAGGGAGAUGAACUUGAUCAGAGAUGAGCAGCACAGUCUUCUCACUCUGAUCCAGCUUUUCCAUCCAACACUCCAGAAGAUCCCAGCAGAACAGCUGUCUGUCUGCAAACUUCUGUUCAUCUUUGAUGGUCUGGAUGAAAGCAGACUUUCUAUGGACUUCAACAACAGUCAGGUGGUGUCUGAUGUCACCCAGAAGUCCUCAGUCAACGUGCUGCUCACUAAUCUCAUCCAGGGACGUCUGCUUCCCUCAGCUCUGGUCUGGAUCACUUCCAGACCUGCAGCAGCCAAUCAGAUCCCUCCUUCAUAUGUGGACAGACUGACAGAAGUACGAGGCUUCAAUGAUGCUCAGAAGGAGGAAUACUUCAGGAGGAGAUUCCCAGAAGAAGAGCUGUCCAGCAGAAUCAUCUCCCACAUCAAGGGCUCCAUGUCCCUCUACAUCAUGUGUGAAGUUCCAGUCUUCUGCUGGAUCACUGCUGUGGUUCUGGAGAACAUGCUGACCACGGAGCAGAGAGGAGAGCUGCCCACCACCCUGACUGACAUGUACUCACACUUCCUGAUGGUCCAGACAAAGAGGAAGAAGAACAAGUACCAGCAGGAACAUCAGACAAGUCCACAAGAGCUGACAGAGACUGACAGGGAAGUUCUUCUGAAGCUGGGGAGGCUGGCAUUUGAACAUCUGGAGAAAGAAAACAUCAUGUUCUACCAAGAAGACCUGCAGCAAUGUGGUCUGGAUGUCACAGAGGCCUCAGUGUACUCUGGAGUUUGUACUGAGAUCUUCAGAAGAGAGUGUGAGAUCUUCCAGAAACCGGUCUACAGCUUUGUUCAUUUGAGCGUUCAGGAGUUUCUGGCUGCAGUCUACAUGUUCCACUGUUACUCCAACAGGAAAGUAAAUGUCAUUGAGGAUUUCCUGAAGAACGGCAUGGAGAGCCCAUCUCUGGAUGAGGUUCUGAAUGGAGUCAUGGAGAAAUCCCUGCAGAGUCAAACUGGACAACUGGACCUGCUUGUUCGCUUCCUUCAUGGUCUCUCUGUGGAGUCCAACCAGAGACUCUUAGGAGAUCUGCUGGGUCAGACAGAGAAGAAUCCAGAAACCAUCCAGAGAGCCAUCAACAACUUGAAGAAGGUCAACAGUAAAAAAGUCUCUGCUGACAGAAGUAUCAACUUUUAUCACUGUCUGAUGGAGAUGAAGGACAUCUCAGUUUAUCAGGAGAUCCAAGAGUUCCUGAACUCAGAGAACAAAUCAGAGAAGAAACUUUCAGAGAUCCACUGCUCAGCUCUGGCCUACACUCUGCAGAUGUCAGAGGAGGUUCUGGAUCAGCUGGACCUGGACCAAUACAACACAUUAUCAGCUGCAGGCAAACGUAGAAUGAUCCCGGCUGUGAGGAACUGCAGAAAGUUCAGGUGA